AAGUUUAGACAGUUGAGAAAAGACUACUACUCUCCAAGCAAACCUCUAUGUGCCGGUUGUCAGUGUUACACUGUUGUCUGUGGGACUGUUGGUAGAGUUCCUGUAGCAUCUUGGUGGUAGUGGAGUGUUGCUGGUGUGGUCCAACAUUUCAGUGAUGUGUUGAGUAAACGUUGACAUGCGAGUGAGCAUGUACGACUGUUAACUAUGAAAUAACCUUUGCCUAAAAGUUAUACGUGUGCAAUGAAACACUGAGGAACUUCAUCUGUACCAAAUCGUGAACGAUGCAGAGCAACAGCUUCAGUGUAAAGGAAGAGAAGGGUCCUGCCUUCACUAGACUCAGCGGAAGCAUGUAUGAGAGUCAUCUGUCUGUGUACGCCGCCUCAGAGCACCAGCAAGUGUCACGUGACAACUCCACGGAAAGCGAGGAGCCCCCGCCCACACCGAAGUCGCCCCCGCCGCCCCUCAACAAUGCUGUGGUGGUGGGCAGCGGGUGUCCCCAGGAGAACCAGCACCAAGGGAAGGAGCUGCUCUACACGGUGGUGGCGCUGCCCAUCGACAUGGUAUUCAAUCUCCUCUUCGUGCAGGAACACUUCAUGACUGAUGUCUAUACCAUAAAGAAGACAUACGACUUGGUGUUCGGGACGUGGGAGGAUCAAGAAGAUGGUCAUCGAUGCCGCCAAGUAACUUACACCAUGACUCUACCAUCAGCCAACCUCGGCCCGAAGGUCUCUUACGUCACAGAAAAACAGGUCAUUCUGCCCAACUCUAAACCAGGGGAGGCGUACGUUGUGGAGUUUGAGUCAACGAACAAUGGGAUCCCGUACGCUGACGCCUUCAGCAUAGCCAGCCACUAUUGUCUCCGCAAGGAAGACGAAAGUAAGACGCGCAUAGGUGUGUGGGCCAACAUCAAGUACAAGAAGACUCUGUGGGGCUUAAUCAAGACAAUGAUAGAGAAAAACAGCUACAGUGGAAUGGAGGGACUGCUGGCAGAGGUGGUGAUUCAGCUGGGCACUGAGGCGGAUCGUCUGGCCGCACCCAAGGGAGCAAGGCGACGCAGGCGAAUGAUGGCAGAUAAAAACCAUGGACCCUCGAAACAUUCCACUACGGCUUCCCACGCACAAAAGGCAGACGGUGCAGGAAUCGGCAGGAGUGCUGUGCUGGUGAUGCUUUCAGCGAUGGUGGUGCUGGUGAUGGGAAACGCUGUGUUGUACUUCAGAUUGUCACGUCUUGAGCAGAAUUCCAAUCCUCUAGACACCUUGCCGGCCAGCAGGUACCUUAGCGUGACGGGGUCGUGGAAGGUGGUGGCACAAAUCUUGCAACGUCAGGAGGACAUCCAUCAAAAGCAACUUGAGGAAUGGAAGGCAAAAUUACAGCAGGCGUCCAUCACACUGCGCGAGGUCCAAAAGUCGCUGGAGAUGAUCGUGAACACGAUUCCUGAACACGAAGAAAACCUGAAGCGCGUCUUAGAGCAGCAGAGCGAGGAGGUGCUGCAGGGGUGGCUGCAGGCUGAAGGUGCUUUAACUCAGCAUCUCAAACAUUUGAACCUUGAGGAAGCUGUAGUUCAACGUCUUCAGAAACUCAACUUCAUUGAUACAAAACAGGUGCAGGACAAGACUCCAGAUACUCCAGACACAGAGCACAUAUGACGAAUGCGGGCUCACUAGGGAAGCUGGAGCUUCUCCGUCGUGUUACAUAGAAAAGCACUGAGAUGUUCUGCUCGGGCCUGUACCGUGCAGCAGUAUACACACUUCUGAUAAACCGCUGGUACCUAUUUAGACAAGAGACACAGGACGAGGAUGUUGGUCUAGUUACUCUAGUACACACUCCAAUCACAUGAGACAGUUUUACCUUGCUAUUUAUUUAUUAUGUUUGAUUAUGUUUGACUUAUUUAAUGUGUUUGUACAAUGUAAAAUAAAUAAACUAUCUGUAAAGAACGUCGACAA